GCCCAUGAGAAAUGCCUCACUUUUUUCCGUCAAUCAUUGUCGGCCGCAUAUACUCCUCCCGUGUGGGCAGACAGCAUCACAGCGGUCAUGAAUCCCCACCACCCCUACUCUAUCUUGAUGGAGACGACUCUCCUUUGUGUAGUCUUUGUUCCCGUCGAGGCCUCACUUGGAGAAGCUGCUCCAAUCGGCGGGAUGUGGAGAGGGAACUGAAGUACGUGAGCGCCUCGACCUCGAGGUCGACAGCCCGUGACAAGAUGUGUUGGGAUUCGCCGCCAUCACGACCUAGACGGCGUUUGGAAGCCCCGGCCGACGAGCUACAGCGUGGCUGGCGCCACCCGCACUGCUCGGCCUCCGCCUCCACAUCGCCAUCGAACAUCAUCUCCUGCUCCUCCCCACCUCUGUCCCCCGUGGAUGCGGACGCUGUUCACCACAUCACCAUCCUCUCCGGUUGGAGAUGCGGCUGGACUAUGAUCCUUUGGUGGUGGACGACUGCAGUUGUGAUUGCCUUUUUUACUUCCUCUUCUUAUGUAUCAGUUGUGAUGUUCUUCCCUUUUUGUCUUGUAAGCAGAGUAGUUGGCUUGUUGCUGCCUGUUUCAGAAGGAGAUCCUUUUCCUGUUGUUAUUGUUGUUGUGCGUCCACCCAUGUUGUGGAUCAUUCCAGAGCAAAAUGCGCCACUUUUUCCUGAUCUGCACAGCCGAAAGGACAUGCAUCGUUGUCCAGGAUUCGUUGUCCAGGAGACAGCUGACCCUUUGCUGCAGUGGUGCACAGGUAAACCUCCUUUGGCCCCCAUCUAUUUCUCUAAAUCAAUGGGCACUUGUUAAAUUGUGUGGUGUAUGUGUAUGAGCAGGACUUUGUGUCCAACGUUGUUAACGCUUUGGACUUGUAUUAGCAGUACUUCUUUUCUAACUGCUUUGUUACUUUUGUCUGACAUGGAUGAUUAGCAGUACUACCCCAGAAAGGAUUCGAGGAUGCCACAUAGUACAAAAGCAAUGAAUUAAGAGCUGAA